AUGUACUGGGAUACUUGUUGUUCUAAUAAAGAGGAAUAUCUUUCAUGUUGGGAAGAUCCAAUUUUUCUAACAUCAUUCAUAUUAAUUAUUUCCGUCAUUUUUGGAAUUGUAAUCAUGUUUGUCAACAAGUUACAUAAUCAAUCUUUAAUCAGUACUAUUGUGAUUGGUUUUACAAUGUCAACUCAAACUAACAGGGAAAUGACAUGA